AGGAAUAAAAUUAGUGACGAAACGAACUUUGCUUGGCUUGGCUCACCUUUUAUUAUUCUCCAUCGCUUCGGCGCUUUCUUUGUUUCGGCUUCCGAUUUCUCAGCCUAUCACUUUUCAGUCUGGCCGAAACUGCAACAGCGGUUAAAGGUAACCAUUGCUUUUGUGCCUGUUUGUAUCAUGACCAUGUUUUAUGAGACAAUAUGUUCCUUGGCUUUGACUAUGCUUGCCAUUUUUCACUUAAACAUAUAAUUGACUGCCAUUGGUCAUUCUUUUUAGUUGAGCCGUGUUUCUUUCAUCAUCCUCCCUAUUCCUCCUUUUCUUUCCAUUUAUGAUGUCACUAGCAGUUUUAAUUGUGUCCCUAACCCUAAGUCCCAUAUUCAUUGUGUGAUAUAUGUCCCGGGCAGUAAUUUUCUAGAUCACAUGUUUGUGUUCUUCUUUGCUUUUUGAUUGAAGUUAAGUGAAGAGACAUGCAACCCGAGAAUAAUUCUAAUCCCCCCACCACGCCCAGACUUCGGCAUCGCAGGCGCCCUACUGCUGAGGUUACACCAGAUGCUGGCAGAGCAAAUGGAAAUAAUUUACUAGUUGAUGACCGUAACAAAUACAAAUCUAUGUUGGUCCGUGCAUACUCAACCGUUUGGAUGAUUGGGGGAUUCGCGUUGAUUGUCUACGUGGGUCAUCUCUAUAUUGCAGCCAUGGUGGUUGUAAUCCAGAUCUUUAUGGCACGAGAGCUGUUCAAUUUAUUGAGGAAAGCUAAUGAGGAGCGGGAUCUUCCAGGAUUCAGGCUAUUAAAUUGGUACUUUUUCUUCUCUGUGAUGCUAUUCGUAUAUGGCCGCAUUCUCAGUCAACGGCUUGUCAAUACUGUGACUUCAGACAAGUUUUUGUAUCAAUUUGUGAGCACCCUUAUCAAGUAUCAUAUGGCUGUCUGUUACUUCUUGUACAUCACAGGCUUUGUGUGGUUCAUUCUCUCAUUAAAGAAGAAGCUGUACAAGUAUCAAUUUGGCCAGUAUGCAUGGACUCAUAUGAUUCUAAUUGUGGUCUUUACACAAUCUUCCUUCACAGUGGCCAACAUUUUUGAAGGAAUAUUCUGGUUUCUUCUUCCAGCGACACUUAUUGUUAUCAAUGAUAUUGCAGCAUAUAUAUUUGGUUUCUUCUUUGGAAGAACCCCAUUGAUCAAGUUGUCUCCUAAGAAAACAUGGGAGGGGUUCAUUGGAGCAUCUGUUGCCACUAUCACAUCUGCAUUUGUGCUUGCAAAUAUCCUUGGUCGUUUCCAGUGGCUAACAUGUCCACGAAAGGAUUUGUCAACUGGUUGGCUGCACUGUGAUCCAGGCCCAUUGUUUAAGCCGGAGAUUUUUAAUUUGUCUGGAUGGGUUCCCCAAUGGUUUCCAUGGAAAGAAAUCUCUGUUCUGCCAGUUCAGUGGCAUGCUCUAUGCCUUGGUUUAUUUGCAUCAAUAAUAGCGCCUUUUGGGGGCUUCUUUGCAAGUGGUUUUAAACGAGCUUUUAAAAUCAAGGAUUUUGGUGAUAGCAUUCCUGGACAUGGUGGAAUCACAGAUAGAAUGGACUGCCAGAUGGUGAUGGCUGUAUUCGCAUACAUCUACCAUCAGUCCUUUGUCGUGGCUCAAACCCUCUCAGUUGAAAUGAUCUUGGAGGAGAUAUUGACCAGUCUCACUUUCGAGGAACAGCAAGAUCUGUACACGAAGCUAGGUCAAGUCUUGCACAAGCGGCUAUAAGGACCGUGAGUUCAAUGAAAGAGGAAAACUCUGUAUAUGUUGUUGUUUUCCAGUUUUUUCAUUCAAAAUAUUUAGGUGGAAGCAUUUAUAGUUUGCAUACUCUGUACAGUGUAUGUUAGCCAAUUAAUAUACAUACGGCUGAAACCAAACACAGUGUUGUAUUGCUUCUGGCUAAUCUUUUAUUUCCCUCAGUUCUCUCUGAAGUCCCCUGAACUAAAUUUUAUGGUAGGUCUAUGCUUUUGUUAA